CCCUCAACAGGAAGAGGAAAAAUCUUCUAACAUCCACCAUCUUUAUGGAGGAGAAGAAGACCUUUGCAGAGACAACCAUAGAAGUUUGAACUCCAUGUCCAAGAGAGAUAAGGCAAUGCUAGAAAACCAGGGUAACUACACAACAUAUUUGGCACAAUUUGUACGUUUUCAUUGAGGAGUUUAUUCAGUUUAACACCUAGAAUCUAGAAGUUAUUUAAUUUGUCUCCCAUCUUAGCCGAUGCCUCAGGGGGCCCGCAAAGCUCUCAUUCUGAACAGGCCUGAAUGGACUGUGCUGUUCGCUAAUGUGCACAUUUCUUCAUCGACACACUGUUGCUUCUGUGUGCAAGAAUAACGGAUGCUGAGAAACACCAAUAAUGGCGCCGACGUUGCACAUUCCACCUAGAAUUGGACACAUGUGACUCCGAGGAAGAGAGAAUAAAAUGUGGUUAAUUUACCUAAUGGUGUGGCUAAAAGCAGCGGGUAGGGAGGUGGUUACAGCCCUGUCAAAUAAAUUAGCAACCGUGAAGAAUUUAUUUAUGAUAAUAGCAGGGACUCGUUCAGAGAACAAGACAUGACAUGUGGACUGUCAAUCCUCCUGCAGAGUUUCCGCCAUCAUGUCCUGGGCCAAGUACCUUCAAUACCGUGGCCUGCCACUGCCUCCUGGAGCCCACACGGAACAGAGCUUGGAAUAUGCCCAGAACUUCUCUGUGGAGGACACAGAUGUGUUUGCUGUGACUUAUCCCAAAUCAGGUACGGUCUGGAUGCAAGAGAUCCUCCCACUGGUGCUGAAUGAGGGGGACCUGACACCCAUCCUAACCAUCCCCAACUGGGACAGAGUUCCCUGGCUGGAGGAGAAGAGGUUACAAGAAGUGGUUGAUCAGCUGCCCUCCCCAAGAGGGUUGGUCACACAUUUUCCUUACCAGUUCAUGCCACCUUCCUUCAAAACUUCCAGUGCCAAGGUGAUCUACGUCAUGAGGAACCCCAAGGAUAUCAUUGUGUCGUCAUAUUACUUCCAUCAGAUGGCGACUUUCCUUGAGGACCCUGGAACUUUGGACAAGUUUAUUGACAAAUUCCUGCAAGGCAGAGUGUUGUUUGGCAAAUGGACAAACCACUUGAAGAGCUGGAAGCGUGCAGAGUUAGGAGACCGAAUCCUUUUUAUUACAUAUGAGGAAAUGAUUCAGGAUCUUCCUUCAGCUCUACGUAGGAUUUCCGAUUUCUUGGGAAAGAACCUGAGUGACGAAGUCAUUCGGAAAAUAGCAGACAAUUGUUCCUUCAAGUCCAUGCAGGCCAAUGCAAUGUCCAACUUGAGUUUGAUACCCAAGGAGUACAUGGACACUGAAAAAUCUCAAUUUCUUAGGAAAGGUGUUGCCGGGGACUGGAAAAAACAUUUUAGUGCAGACCAAGUGGCCCGCAUCUCCUCCACCAUUUACAAGGAGCUGGAGGGAGAGAACUUCACUUUGCCCUGGACCCUGGACGGAGCAGCAGACAAGGGAAUUUAAGAUAAAAUGUCAGCGCUGGAAAUGUAGUAGGCCAACAAUCUUCACUAUUAGGAUAUUACAAUACUUGUUUUUUUGCACUUUUGAGUUUUGGUCAUAUUUGUGCUCUUCCUUAUUAUGUUCUUUUUGUCACGGUCUUAGAGCUCCUGCCAUUGUCUUUGCAUUUCUCCCGCCAUGUGUUUUCACUGGUUUUUGCUCUUCUGAGAUUUAUGUUUUAUUACCUACUAAUUACUACCGCAGUUGUGACAACUACAGUACUUUCUUUCUUUCUUUUUUUAGUUUAUUUUGAACAUGAACACACUUAGAGCAUAAUACAUCACACAAUUUCAUAUCAUGUCACUUUCCAUCAUGUCCGAAAAGGAGUAGGAAGAAGCAAAGCUUAUUUAAUCCUACACUUUUCCGGAAUUCUUCAGAGUGUUUACAAUUAUAUACAUUCAUUUACUGACUUCUUUUUGUAGAACAACAACAUCCGUGAAUGAUUAAUACAGCAUUUCUUGUAAUAGAUAAUUGAUAGAUAAACAUACUGAGAGGCAGCACAGUGGUACAGGGGUUAGUGCAUGUGUCUCACAAUACUAAGAUCCUGAGUUCAAUCCCGGGCUCGGGAUCUUUCUGUGAUGAGUUUGCAUGUUCUCCCCGUGACUGUGUGGGUACUACGGCUUCCUCCCCAAAAAAUGCACCUGGGGAUAGUUUGAUUGGCAACACUAAAUGGUCCCUAGUGUGUGAAUGUGAGUGUGAAUGUUGUCUGUCUAUCUGUGUUGGCCCUGCGAUGAGGUGGCAACUUGUCCAGGGUGUACACCGCAUUCCGCCCCAAUGCAGCUGAUAUGGGCUCCAGCAACCCCUGCGAUCCCAAAGGGGACAAUCGGUAGAGAAUUGAUGGAUGGAUGGAUGGAUAUACUGAGAUUAAGAAUAUCGUAUAUUCAAUAAGGUCGAAGAAGUUUCUCAUAAUUCUUCUUCUUUGUACUUUGCAAGCACUAUUAAUUAGAACAACCUCUUAAAGUGGAUUUUAUCUGUACAUUGUUUAACUUCUUUACUUAAUCCAUUCCAUAAUUUAAUUCCACAUACAGAUAUGCUACAGGUGUUUAGCGUUGUACGUGCAUACAAAUAAUGUUUUAGAUAACUUUUUCCUCUAAGGUUGUAUUUCUCCUCUUUAGUUGAGGAUAUUUUUUGUACAUUCUUGGGUAGUAGGUUAUACAAACCCCAUUUCCAUAUGAGUUGGGAAAUUGUGUUAGAGGUAAAUAAAAACAGAAUACAAUGAUUUGCAAAUCCUUUUCAACCCAUAUGCAGUUGAAUGCACUACAAAGACAAGAUAUUUGAUGUUCAAACUCAAUAAACUUUAUUUUAUUUUGCAAAUAAUCAUUAACUUCGAAUUUCAUGGCUGCAACAUGUGCCAAAGUAGUUGGGAAAGGUUAUGUCCACCACUGUGUUACGUCACCUUUUCUUUUAACAACACUCAAUAAAUGUUUGGUAACUGAGGACACUAA